AAACUACUAUAAAAAGUUAUAUGUGAAUAUAUAAAAUAAAAAAUUUAUUAAUUUGGGCAAAUGAAAGGCCCAGACCAUUUGAAUGGGGGAAAAAAAUGCCCAGCAUGUUAAUAGUGUCGAAAGUGAAACAAGUGUGUUGACUAAUAAUGCUCGACAUAGCUGGCACUCCAUUCACCACCCGCCCAUUUCCUUUUUAGCAUUUCUGUGCAACAGAUAGUGCGCAGCUUUCAGCCAAAUACCACCGUCGCGGCCUCACCACCAUCAAAUUUGGCGGAAUUUGAAAACGUCUAAAAGCAAAACGUAUAACGCAUAUAAACUAUUUCACCUCCGAAAUCUCCCCCAGACACUGAGCUGAAAUCCAACCCUCUGAGCUUAACAACUAAAGCAGCAUCAGGUCACCACAGGCCAACGUUGGACUUUGGGCAUCUCUACUAUACAAUAACAAAACCUAUAUACCUUGUUGCAUAUUUCAAAUAGGCAAGCAAUCAAGGUGCUGGUUGUCCUCAUCAGGUAACUAACUUGAGAAAGUGAUGGAGUCACAUAAAAGAGGAGAGAAGAGGAGAAAAGCUAGAAAUCCAGUAAAAAAUGAGGAAAUUGAAGAAUUAGAUGAACGACCAGGAUGCAGUACUGAAGAAGUGGUGAGGGGAAAGAAAGGAAGAACUAAAGCACAAAAAAAGUACAUUGGUGCUCAUGUCUCUAUAGCAGGAGGUAUAUGGAAAGCAGUUGAAGCAAGUGUAGACUUGGGGGGUCACAGUUUCGGAUUAUUUUUGGGUUCCCAACGUUCAUGGCAAAGACCGGCCCUUGAUCAAUCUGCUGCAGUGAAAUUCCAGCAGGCGUGUUCUCAACACGGCUUUGACCCAGCCCACAUUCUGCCACAUGGAUCUUACCUGAUGAACUGUGGCUCUCCCAAGGAAGAUAUAUUUGAUAAGAGCCAAGACAUGUUGGUUGAUGAACUCAGUCGCUGCAGUGUUUUGGGCCUCACUCAGUUCAACUUCCAUCCUGGGGCCACCUUGGGCUCCAGCAAAGAGCAGUGCAUUGAGAGGAUCGCUCAAGCUAUAAACCAUGCUCACCAGCAAAUACCUGCAGUCUGUACUGUACUUGAAAAUAUGAGUGGACAGGGAAGUACUGUGGGUGGGGAGUUUAAUGAGCUGAAGAGCAUAAUUGACCAUGUUCGAGAUAAGUCACGUGUUGGAGUAUGUCUAGACACGUGCCAUGCAUUUGCAGCAGGUUAUGACAUUUCUUCAGCAGGAGGAGUGAAGUCUGUGCUUGAUGAAUUUGACCAGGUGGUUGGAUUGCACUUCCUGAGAGCAGUUCAUCUCAAUGACUCAAAAGGUAAAUUGGGAUGCCAUUUGGAUCGCCAUGAGGACAUCGGCCGUGGACAGAUUGGCAUCGCUGCUUUUCGAAACAUUGUAAAUGAGCCUCGACUCGACAACAUCCCUCUCAUUCUUGAGACACCUGGCCGCCCAGGUUUCGAAUAUGCUGAGCAAAUAGAACUCCUGUAUUCUUUAUGUGAGGACUAGAAUUCAUGGAGCCUCUUCACACAUUCAUGAAGCCUAUUCGCAGCUAUAAACACUGUGUUCUGUUUGGUUCACUUUACAUAUUAUACAUUUCAUACAGACAAAAACCAAAUCAGUUGGAUUUAUAUAAUCUGUUAAAUAUUCAGUGUAAGUGAAUGUUAAGAGAUUCCAGCAGAGGGAGCUGUAAACAAGACAAAGUGACAGUGAGCUGAAACCCCCACAGUAAAUCCUAUAAUAUGUCUGGGUUUGCAUUUCUGCUUUAAUAUUGUACUUUCAUAUGGUUAGAACAAAAAUCUAUCAAUCAUUUUCUGUUAGUUUAAAGUGUGUGUCAUUCAUAAUAUUCUUCCUCUUUUGUCUGUUAAUGCUUGUUCUUUGCAUUCACUGUUAGUGGGAAAUACCCCGUUUUUUCAUUUUCUUCUUAUCCCUGGCCAAGUUUCUAAAACGUUAGCUCAUUUAAAGCUGUUCACAUGGAGAAAGCAGCUCACCAGACCACACGGACACCGCUAGCCUGCAAUAAACACUAUUUCUGUUAUUGCCCCAGGAACAAUCACAGCUCAGUUCAUGCAAAUCUGAUAUGGCAUAUAGCUUUGACAGCUAAUUAAAAGGUAUUAGUUGUAGAAGUUGUGGUUCUUCUUGAAGGCACUGAAAGAAGGGGUUUAAUGUACAUUUUGACAGGAAGGGAAAGGUGCCUUGGUUAGGAAUGUUUCUCCAAUUCAGUGCCAGCCUACAGGAAAUGCCAGUCACACACAAAUCUGUUGUAACAGCCUCAGUGUCUGGUUUGGAUCAUUGGGCUACACAAAAUCUGUCGAGUCUAUAAAAGUUACACUGCUUGGCUUUAUUUAGCCUAUGUCAGACAUGAGGGUUCUUUAACAAAUGUAAAUGAACACAUGAAUGCAAAUUUAACGUUAUAUGUAAAAGGUUUUCUCUGACUGUAAUGAAUUCCAAUGGAGUUUUUAAAGGAAUUUUACAAGGCCUUUGCUUAAUUUUGUGAUCAAUAAAUAGGUAAAAUACUUUCAAGUAA